AUGCCCCGGACCCGCACCUCGGUACAAUCAUCCACACGACGCGGAACCACCAUACCUCCCACACAUCAAACACCACAACAACAAAGCCAACCACUAAAUCCAUCCUACUACCCAUUGUCAAGCCACGCGGCACCACCUUUGCCAUUCACCGCUUUCUCCACCCAACACAGCACCACCGUCAAUCCCGCACAUCAGACACCACACCAAGGCCAGCCACACUGCCUAUCCUAUCACCCAUCGUCAAGCAACCCUGCAUUAUCCUCGCAGUUCUCUCCUCUCUCUUCCUCAUCGUCCACUACGCUGGUCUCACCCCCUUCCCUCCUCCCCUCUUCUUACCCGCCGUACAAUAACGACAACGCAUGGGCAUCAUCAUCCGCAUCGAACAACACGAUGACCUUCAAUCCUCUUCCCGCUGGUGGUAGUAGCGAUCACGGUCAACAUCAAGAUCAACACCGUGCCCUCCCGCCGUUGACGGAGCCGAUAGAUGUGGGUAUGUAUGAGCAUUUAGCUGGUGGUAGGGAUGAGUGGAGGGAUAUUCCCAUCCAAUUCAGCCAGAUUGGGUGGAAUGGGAUUUGGGCUGAACGAUGA